AUGCCCGAUGCCACUCCAAGCCCCCCCAACAAGUCCUGCUGCCGACCGAUGAGGUGGGGACUCUACGCGGGCUGUAAUGAGAGAUUUCCAGAAGUAAACCGUUCAGAAGCUGGAAAUCCAGUACUUACUGGUUUUUCCUCUUUUUCAGCACCCAAAGACAAUGAAGAACGUGUGUUCCGGGAACGUAUGCGCCCCAGAAAGCGGCAGGGUGCUGUACGACGCAGAGUACAUCAGGUUAAUGGACACAAGUUUAUGGCCACCUAUCUUAGACAACCAACAUAUUGUUCACACUGCAGAGAUUUUAUAUGGGGUGUAAUAGGAAAACAGGGAUACCAAUGUCAAGUUUGCACUUGUGUAGUCCACAAGAGAUGCCAUGAACUUAUAAUAACGAAGUGUGCUGGCUUAAAAAAACAGGAAACUCACGAUGAGCAAGUGGGAUCCCAGCGUUUCAGUGUCAACAUGCCUCACAAGUUUAGCAUUCACAAUUACAAAGUGCCCACCUUCUGUGACCACUGUGGUUCAUUGCUCUGGGGUCUUUUGAGACAAGGUUUACAAUGCAAAGUUUGCAAGAUGAAUGUACAUCGACGCUGUGAAACAAACGUGGCACCAAACUGUGGAGUGGAUGCUAGAGGCAUAGCUAAAGUUCUUGCAGAUCUUGGAGUCACUCCAGAUAAGAUUACUAAUAGUGGGCAGAGGAGAAAAAAGCUAAUUGCAGGUGCAGAGACUCAACAACCAGUUCCUGGAAGCGCAUCAUCAGAAGAAGAUAGGUCAAAGUCAGCACCAACUUCUCCAUGUGAUCAAGAAAUCAAAGAGCUGGAAAACAACAUUAGGAAAGCGUUAUCAUUUGACAAUAGGGGAGAGGAGCACAGAGCAACAGCUACAACGUCAACAGACAGCCAGCUUAACAAACCUGGGGAGAAUGGUGAAAAUGGGGAGGUCAAACAGGCCCAGACGAAACGAAUAGGCCUUGAAGAGUUCAACUUCAUCAAAGUAUUAGGGAAAGGCAGCUUUGGCAAGGUAAUGUUAGCUGAGCUAAAAGGAAAAGAUGAAGUGUAUGCAGUGAAAGUCUUGAAGAAAGAUGUCAUACUUCAGGAUGAUGAUGUAGACUGUACAAUGACAGAAAAGAGAAUUCUGGCAUUAGCACGGAAACAUCCAUACCUAACACAACUUUACUGCUGCUUCCAGACAAAGGACCGCCUCUUUUUCGUCAUGGAAUAUGUAAAUGGAGGAGACCUAAUGUUUCAAAUCCAGCGCUCACGCAAAUUUGACGAACCUCGAUCCCGCUUCUAUGCAGCAGAGGUCACAUCAGCACUCAUGUUUCUUCACCAACAUGGCGUCAUCUACAG